AUGCAGACUGCUUCUACAAACAUUUGUGAAAGACUGUGCAAUAAAUCAGUCUAUGAAAUUUCCUUGCUACUAAAUAUUCCACGGUCAACUGUUCGUGGUAUUAUAACAAAGUGGAAGCAACUGGGAAUAACAGCAACUCAGCCACCAAGUGGCAGAUCACGUUAAAUGACAGAGCGGGGUCAGAGCAUGUUGAAGUGCACAGUGCACAGAAGUCACCAACUGUCUGCAGAGUCAAUAGCUAAAGACCUCCAAACUUCAUGUGACCUUCAGAUUAACACAACAACAGUGCAUAGAGACCUUCAUGGAAUGGGUUUGCAUGGCUGAGCAGUUUCAUCCAAGCCUUAUGUCACAAAGUGCAAUGCAAAGCAUCAGAUGCAGUGGUGUAAAGCACACCGCCACUGGACCCUAG